AUGAGUGAAGUUUACGGGCUUAAAACUUUUGAUGCAAAUGAAAUGAAUAAUUUGGCAGAGCGAUUCGCAAAAAAUGAUACACUUUUUAAUUUGUAUACUCGUUAUAAUAGAGUGAUGAAUGGAAAGGAAGAUAAUGCAAAUAUCGACAGAAAAAUUUAUAUUUGUGUUAUUGAAAAUCUUAAUUUGGAAGAAUUAGAAGCUUGUCCCGUCUUCUGCAACUAAAAAAUCUAUAUC